GACCAAGAUAAGUAGCCGAUAAGCAUACCUACCUAUGUAGGUACCUACUCAAGGGACCCCAGACGUACCCCAGCUCUCAAGACCAAUUAACUAGCUGACAUAUUUGUAGGGACGUCAAACGUGGCCUUAGAAUAAGGAGCUCUCUAGGCGAAAUAUCUACCAGAACAGACUUUGCCGACGACGCAUUUACAUACAACUCAGAUAUCGAGUACCGACAAACGAAUUGACGACCGACCGAGAAGUAGGAAGGAAGAGUGUUCGCUGUCGUAAACCCCGGCCAACACGCCGGGCUUAUCUCGCCUAACAUGUACAACUCUCUCAAUCGCCUACAAACCGUCUUUGGCUUCUUCACAACGGUAGCCUUCGUCGUAGCUGCUAUAAUAGCCGCCUCCGACUUCACAGCCCCACGAACACCGAGCGCCACGGUCAAGGCGACUAAUGUACAGGUUGUCAAGGGCCGGCCGCAUUAUUACAGCUCCAAGAAGGAGGAGUACGCCAUCAUCAAGUUCUCGCUAGACGCCGACCUGUCGUCGCUGUUCACGUGGAACACCAAGCAGCUCUUCGUCUACGUCACGGCCGAGUGGCCCGCGGCCGCCAGCAGCGACACCAACCAGACGAACAAAGCCGUCAUUUGGGACACCAUCAUCACGAGCCCGAGCUCCGACCACCUCGCCAACAUAGGCCCCGCUACCUUGAAGAAGCUUCGCAAGAGCGCCGCUGGCAAGAGCGUAGAUCCGAGCCGAGGCAAGCUAUCGCUCAAGAACCAAAGACCCAAGUACCAAAUCACCCAUCCGACAGGCAAAGUAGCCAACACGGAGGAUGUGACUCUUCAUGUCCAUUAUAACGUGCAGCCCUGGGUCGGCAUGCUGACAUGGAAUCAAGACUUUGACUUCGCCCUAUGGAAGAAGAUGGCCAAGGGCAUCAGCAAAGCCUUCGCGCUCCCCGCCGUCGCUCCUAAGAAGAAAUACUAGGCUUAGGCCAGCAAAUUUACAUUUAAUUAGGAGACAAGAAGAUUUAUAUUAUUAUCGCUUGUGCAAUAUGGAGACGGCGUUCUAGGAUCCCGGGUAGUGAAG